UGGCGCCCUUGCAUCUGUCAAAAUUACUGUCAAAUUGAACAUGAUUUUGUAUUUGUAUAUUUUACGGAUUAAAACGUGAAAAAUAAAGUGAAAUAUGGGAGAUGUGGCUGCUAGAAGGGAAGCCAGACGUCGUAGAAUACUGGAAAAUUCCGAUAACCGUUUGAAUAAAAUAUUAGGGGUUGAAGAAAAGUCUGAAAUUAGCAUCGAUGGUUUAAGUUUAAAGAAUAACGUAAAUACUUUAAAUGACGUUUUCAGUGCACCAUUUGAGAAUAAUGUGGAAAUGAGUUUAAAUAAUUCACAAUGCAAAGAAAAAUCCACAAAACAAGAGACUGAAGAUUUGGAAAAACCCGAAUUUGCGCACUAUUUAAUAAAUUUUAGGGUCCAUGUUAUUCUUUGUAUGGCUGUAAUGUAUUGUAUUUUAUUACAUUUUUUAAACGCGGUUACUGCAAAAGAAUUGUGUUUGAACAAAAUGUUUACACCCUUACUAGUCUACGAAGUCGUUUUUGCUUUUUUCACGCCACCUCCAAGCAUAUCAAACAUACAGAUGAUGGUUAUGUUUGCUGGUGUACGGGGGAGUAGUUAUUUGGGGCACUAUUUUAAUUUUAUGGCUAGAUUAAUGAAGUUGAUUAAGGAUGUUGCAUUAUAUUUUGUAUUUUUUAUUACAUCACACUAUUUGAUAAAUAUAUUUUAGCAAAUUUGUAUGUGUAUUGUUGCUUGAAUCAAAAAUGGAUUAUUUUUGUACCUGGAUACUGGAUUAAAAUGAGUUGGUAAAGAA